AUGAUGAAUUUCCAUUUGCUCUCUCUCCUCUCCCUGAUCGCCCUGAUAGGGGCAUUGCCCUUCGAUCUCUUUCCAAAGGUGAAGCUUCCUGACAACGGAGGGAUCGUUAUUGGAACCAGUUCCGGCAAGGUUGAAACGUUCAAGGGAAUCCCCUUUGCCCAAGCGCCCACGGGCUCCUUGAGGCUUAAGCCCCCGCAGCCUCUCAAGUCGAGCCUCGGCAUAUUCGAUGCAACGAAAAAUCCGACUUCAUGCCCUCAGUUCUUCUUCACCACUGAUACUAGCGAGAUCCCGGCCUCUGCGUUAGGUGUGCUCAUGAACUCGCCAUUUGUUCAGACAGUCACCAAGCAAGGUGAGGACUGUCUGAACCUCAACAUCCAGAGACCUGCCGGGACGACCGCGGAUUCAAAACUUCCUGUUUUGUUCUAUAUCUUCGGCGGUGGCUUCGAACUGGGAUGGAGUAGCAUGUACGAUGGGACGUCCCUACUCGAGACUGGUAUUGACACGGAUCUGCCCUUCAUCUUUGUGGCUGUAAGCUACCGCGUUGGUGGCUUUGGUUUCCUUCCUGGAAAGGAAAUUCUGGAUGAUGGUUCUGCCAAUCUGGGACUUUUAGAUCAGAGACUUGGUCUUCAGUGGGUGGCAGAUAACAUUGAAGCCUUCGGUGGUGACCCUGACAAGGUAGUGAUCUGGGGAGAGUCAGCUGGUGCCAUUUCUGUAUUCGACCAAUUCGCUCUGUAUGAUGGAGACAACACCUACAACGGUAAGCCACUGUUCCGCGGUGGAAUCAUGGAUUCUGGAAGCGUCAUCCCUGCAGACCCCGUCGACUGCCCCAAAGGCCAACAGGUGUAUGAUACCGUGGUCACUGCUGCUGGAUGCAGUUCAGCCAGCGAUACCCUCGAAUGCUUGAGGGGCGUUGAAUACCACAAAUUCCUGGACGCCACAAAUUCCGUCCCGGGUAUCCUAAGCUACCACUCCGUGGCAUUGUCGUAUGUCCCUCGCCCCGAUGGAAAGACCUUGACAGCAUCUCCCGAUUCCCUCCUGCUAUCAGGGAAGUAUGCCAAAGUCCCCUUCAUCAUCGGUGACCAGGAAGACGAGGGCACGCUCUUCGCUCUCUUCCAGUCCAACAUUUCCACCACGGAGCAAGUUUCCCAAUACCUGUUGGACAUCUUCUUCCACGACGCCACCCCGGAGGUGAUCGAUACCCUCGUCGCCUUGUACCCAAAUAUAAGCGACUAUGGGUCUCCCUUCCGCACAGGGGACGAGAAUAACUGGUAUCCGCAGUACAAGCGUCUGGCUGCCAUCCUCGGCGAUCUUGUAUUCACCCUCACCCGCCGUCUUUAUCUCACAGGUGUGUCUCUAUUGAGCCCAGAUGUCAAAUCUUGGUCCUACCUCGCGACGUACGACCACGGAACACCGUUGAUGGGCACCUUCCAUGGCAGCGACAUCAUCCAAGUCAUUUUUGGCAUUAAGGAUAAUUAUGCCGCAAGGAGCAUCCGCGAGUACUACUUCUCGUUCUUGCAUUACCUCGAUCCAAAUGCGAGGGGGAAGUAUCCCGAAUGGCCCCAGUGGAGCCAGUGA